AUGAGGAGGUCGGCUCUUCGACCACAAAUAGUGCGAGCCAUCAUCUCACAGCCUCGCAGGUCUCUCAUCCAAAGCAUUCCAAGAUGUCGGCCUGACUUGACAUUCUCAACAUCCGCAACCCCUGACUCGCCUACAUUGCAAAGGGAGAUCUCGCCCUUUCGAUUCGAGACUGGACUCGCAUUGUUUGCAAAGAGAGCUCCAAGACCGUUUCCCCCUCCUUUCCUAUCUCCUCCGUCAGGAUCUUUCUCGGACCCUCUCAGCACCCACCACCGGAGCCGUGAUCGACGCGCCUUUGUGAAUGGGGAACUCAUUCGGGGUUAUACAAACGGCGAUGAUGCUGUAUACGUCAGUGAUCAAUUCAUUGGCGCAAAUGACGGAGUUGGGGCUUGGUCUACCCGGCCGGGCGGGCAUGCAGGACUUUGGUCACGGUUGAUACUACAUUUCUGGGCCUUGGAAAUAGAGAUGGACGCGCAUCGAAUACGAUCCGCCGGAGAAGAGUACGAGCCAAAUCCCGUCGAAUGUCUACAGAAAGCCUAUGAACAGACAAUCAAAGCUACAUCUGAGCCAAAUAACUGGCAAGGAACGACCACUGCAACAGGAGCACUUUUACAUUAUCGAAAACAGGGAUUGGAUCCUAAAGCACCGGCGACUCCUCUUCUUUACGUUACCAACCUUGGUGAUUCCCAAGUCCUGGUUUUAAGGCCUCGACAUUCUGAAUUGAUCUAUAAGACGACAGAACAAUGGCAUUGGUUUGAUUGCCCUCGACAACUAGGCACCAACAGCCCAGACACGCCUCGGGAAAAUGCGGUUAUCGAUAAGGUUGAGAUUGAAGAAAACGAUGUGAUUCUGGCCAUGUCGGACGGAGUCAUUGACAAUUUAUGGGAGCACGAGAUUAUCGAGAACGUGGUGACCAGCUUAAGGAAAUGGGAGAGUGGUGAAGGCGGGGAGAGUUCUGGUAAUAGAUAUGGUGGAGCUGGAGGUGGGAUGAAGUUUGUUGCUGAGGAACUGAUGAAGGCUGCAAAAGUCAUUGCUACAGACCCUUUUGCAGAGAGUCCCUUCAUGGAACAUGCUGUGGAAGAGGGUCUGGCAAUGGAAGGAGGGAAACUGGACGAUAUCAGUGUCGUGGCUGCAUUAUGCGUUCGGAAUAAAGGGUGA